GACAUUUACAUCCCAACCAGAACAGUCCAACUAGUCCCAGAAGCCGCCAACCUUCCUCCAACAGACGAUGAUGAAAGCUAAAUCCACCUGACGGCGAUGGAAACAAAGCAAAAGCAAACCCCCCACCAUCCCCAACUCAAUCCCAGACGUCCCUUUCAUCCCCAACUCCCUCACAUUCUCUCCAAUAAUAUCAUUAUUCCAUUCCCUCGUCUUCUUCAAGCUUCUCAAUUUCCCUCUUCUUCAUAACCACCCCUAAAUGUCGCUCACUUCCACGCUACGACGCCGUUUCAGCAAUGCACCACCGCGCCGGUUUCAACCUCUCUCGCUUGAUCCAAUCCCCGCCGUCCGAUCCCGACCCCUCGCUCCUCUUCCUCGGCGGCGGCUUGUUCCUCCACCCUGAUCAAACCGUCUCUCCCACCUUCCUUUCCCUCCUUCCGGCCAAGUCCAAGACCCGGUCGGGUUCGGGUCGGUGUUUCAGCAAAACGGUGCGUUUUGGGGGUGGCCGCGGCGGAGGGGCGUUCUUGUGUGUGAGCUUGUCAGAUGGAAACGAGGGGUAUGUUCGGGAAUCGGGAGAAGCCCUGGGGCAAAAUGGGAAUACAAAUUCGACGGCGGAAGAGCAGGCGGCGGCGGAGGUUGUGUUUGAGAAGGAGCGGAGUGAGAUUGUGGAGAAGGGAUCAGGUGCUAUGAAUACUACCAAGCAUCUCUGGUCUGGAGCUGUUGCUGCCAUGGUUUCAAGAACGUUUGUUGCUCCUCUCGAGAGGCUAAAGCUGGAGUACAUAAUACGUGGUGAGCAGAAGAACUUGGUUGAGCUCAUCAAGACGAUUGCAGAUUCUCAAGGGCUGAAAGGAUUUUGGAAAGGGAAUUUUGUGAAUAUUCUUCGCACGGCACCCUUCAAGGCUAUCAAUUUCUAUGCCUAUGAUACGUACAGAAAUCAUCUGGUGAAGUUGUCGGGGAAUGAGGAAUCCACGAAUUUUGAGAGGUUUCUUGCUGGUGCUGCAGCUGGAAUUACAGCUACCUUGCUCUGCUUGCCCAUGGACACUAUCCGGACAAAGAUGGUAGCUCCUGGUGGAGAAGCAUUGGGUGGUGUAAUUGGUGCUUUCCGCCACAUGAUUCAAACCGAAGGAUUCUUCUCUCUUUACAAGGGCUUACUACCCUCUAUUGUCAGUAUGGCACCUUCAGGUGCAGUUUUCUACGGCGUCUAUGAUAUACUGAAAUCAGCUUAUCUGCAUUCACCUGAAGGGAGGGAGAGACUCCGACACAUGAAACAAGAAGGUGACAAACUGAAUGCUCUGGAACAAAUGGAGUUGGGUACCAUUAGAACAUUACUGUAUGGGGCAAUUGCCGGUUGUUGCUCUGAAGCCGCUACAUAUCCUUUUGAAGUUGUGAGGAGACACCUUCAAAUGCAAGUUCCGGCAACUAGAUUAAGUGCAGUUGCAACUUGUGCGAAGAUUGUUGAGCAAGGAGGUGUUCCUGCUCUUUAUGCUGGAUUGAUACCCAGCUUGUUGCAGGUCUUACCAUCUGCUGCCAUCAGUUAUUUUGUGUACGAGUUCAUGAAGAUUAUUCUCAAAGUAGAGUCUUCGUAGUACCUAGUCUUCAUAGUACUUUUGAAUCCUCAUCACAGACCAUAGUUUUCAUUUCCGAAAGAGUUCCUUAGAAUGUUCUCCAUUGACAUUUUGUGAGAUGGGAGAAGGAAUUAAAUUCCUGCCAUAGCACAGAUUAACACAGAAAUUUCAGUCUUUUAACACAGAAAUUUCAGUCUUUUUGUAUGUGUAUUCCAUUGGCAUUUGAACAGUGAAAGGUCUGAGUAAAUUUCAGUCUUUUGUAUGUGUAUACACAAGGUUUUGCAAUGAAACUGCUUCAAUGGAUGAUGACCUCCGA